AUGGCGUCUCCUUCAUUCUCUGGCACAUUGACAACAAACACGCCACUUCCGUUAAACUGUACCAAGGAUGUAUCUGAUUCAUCAGGGAUCAUAGCUGGAGGUGUAUUUGGCGGUAACUUGAUUGGCGUUCAAAACAGUACCUACAACUACAAUCGGCAUGACCCAACGAAGCAUAAACACGAAGUUCUUCAAUGGCUGUGUCCGCAGGAUAUCUUCUCUUCACUUACAACCCCGGCCCAGGGACAAGGUGACCAAGACGCUCACAAAAAUGCCGGAGCAAGUUUCAUGAGCUCCUCCCAGUUUGGAGACUGGGUUUCUGGAAAGGAAAAGAGACUCUGGGGAAUGGCACCACCUGGCGCGGGAAAGACAUUCCUUGUUUCCCGUAUUCAGGCCGAGCUGGCGAACCACGCCAUGCUCAAAGGCGAUAAGAGUACCUCCAAGGUGGCUGUCCUGUACAUGCAUUACGGUGGUAAUCACUCAGCAGAUAUGCUGCUCGCUUGUAUUCUCAGGCAAUUUAUCCAAGACUCGCCCUCAAUCCCACCCAAAAUCGAGGAGUUGAGAAAUAAGAACCCAGGCGCUCAACCAGAUACACGAGACCUUGUGCCACUCAUUCAAGGACUUGCUAACGACAACAACCUGUUUCUUGUUGUUGAUGCCUGGGAUGAGUGCAAGCAUGAGGUUGGACGGCUAUUUCUUAACGAAAUCGCCCCCCUGGACGAUGAUAUAUCUGUAUUCAUCACCUCGAGGUUUACUAGUGACACCGAAAGCUGCCUUUCUGACUUUCGAUCCGUCAAAAUCUCGGCCACCGUCGAUGAUAUUCGAGACUACGUCAGCCACAUCAUUGCACAUAAUAAGCGGUUGAAUGAGUUUGUACGAACUGAUAAGAAACUUGAGAACGAUAUCAAGCACAAGCUCAUCAACCAAUCCGGCAGAAAUGAUUCCGGGGCUAUUAUAUUCUUGCUCGUUCGAUUACACAUGGAUUCCCUAAAGGAACAAGUUCUUCUGGAAGAUGUCAGAAUCAAGUUGAACGAGUUGAAACACGACAUCAAUGACAAGUACCGAGACAUCAUAAAACGUAUUGGCAACCAAGAUUCGUCACGACAGAAGAUUGCCGUAAACGCCCUUGCUUGGAUCACCCACGCAUAUCGUCCGUUGAUGGCUGAAGAGCUUCGACAGGCUCUUGCUGUCAACCCAAAAGACCGACAAUUCAAGCCGGGAAGAAUGCCACUGGUAGACGACAUCAUUGCUUUCUGCUGCGGGAUGGUCGUGCACGAUCGCUCUUCGGAUACCUUUCGGCUCGUUCACAACACAGCAACAGAAUUUAUGAAGGGUCUCGGCGGCGAGACUCUCGCCAUUAGUGACGAAGGGUUCAAGGAUCCUCACUGCUACAUAUCCCAAGUUAUCGCAACCUACCUAUGCAUACCUGCUCUUGAACAGCCAGAUGAUACAGAUCAGAUGAAGUCGUACGCAGUCGAUCUAGAUGAGUAUCCGCACCACCAUGAUGAACAAAAGUCGUAUGAGACUCAGCACCGAGGAUAUCGUAGGCCGGUCGACAAGAGAAACCCCAACGGAAUCUCGUACCGAAGAAAGAUAUGCACAUUUCCGCUGACCAAGUACGCCGGCAUGUACCUUGGUCGCCAUCUUCGCGCCAUACGGGAUCUGCAGUCUGCUCCCGCCAAGAAUGCCCUAGAUAUUACCUAUGAGCUCCUGUCUCAGAGGCCGAAAAGACUAUUCUACGACCGUCUACUUGAUCACUCACGUUCCUACCCUCCCCUAAAACCAGAAGUCAGUUAUCUACGCCGGGCCUUUGGCUCCGCUAGGUCUCACAGUUACGACGAUGAAAUAGACUCAUCAGAUGAAGAAGGGCACACUGACCCCUCGGCUCCUUCACGCAAGAUCACGCCUCUGCAUCUCGCAGCUCAUAUCGGUAUCACUGAGCUAGUUUCUCGCUUCCUGACCGAUGCGGCUCUCCUUCAAGUGAGAGACUACAGUGGUCUGAACCCGUUGGGUGUUGCUCUAUGCUCGGGCUACACUGACGUAGUUCUGUGCCUACUCAAGGCAGGUUCGAACUUGGAUCUUGAGUCGAGAGAGGGAUGCCACCUCUUGUUAUUCGCAGCGCAAUCAGAUAUUCGAGCCCAAGAAGUAGUUCAUCGUAUCCUUGAGCAUUCGCUACUUAUUCCAAACAAGGGGAGGAACUUUUUCUUUGAGUAUUUGAGGUGGCUUUGGAUACUGGCAAUCACCAAACUUCGUUACCAUGGUUCAAGAAUUCUUCAACUUUGCCAAGCAUCACGUCCAUGCUGGAGAGCUCCUCAGCCUGAUAAGAAAGAGUCGCCAUCUACGAAUGCGAGCCCCUCAGAAGCUAAAGUUGAGAAAACGGUGCAUUUCUCGCUUAGUGCCGAGGACCUCACAACGAUGAGUCCAACUCCGUCCACGUUCCGUAUACCGAGGACUUACAGUGAAGCGAUCUUCACCCCAAAACGUCAAGAGCAGAGAGACUAUAUCAAACUUGUUGCAGCAGCCCUUCAUAAUGACUGCGAAAAGAUCGAGUCUCUUGUAGAAGAAGGCAGAGUACUUCUCGAACCCUGUCACGGCCGCGGUCACCAAGACUCCCUCAGGUUAUUUGUCAACCUGGCGUUGUUUUUGGCUUUGGAGAACAAUAACAAUGAAGUGGUCAAGCUUCUGAUCGAAGGUGGUGUUUCUAAAGAGUCGAGAGACUUUAACCACAGGACACCACUUCAUCGAGCAGUCAUCAGGGGUAACGUCAACUUGGUUGAGUAUCUGAUAGCCUGCGGUGCUGAGGUGAACGCUCUGGAUGUUCGAGAAGAAACACCAUGGACCCUAGCUGUAAGAAACCACGACGCGAAAAUGUGUGGUAUUCUUGUCAAAGCUGGUGCAAAUGUUCACACACGUAGUUACAACGGGGAGACUCUACUAUACGAAGCCGCUGCGGGUGGCAAAGCCAAGAUCGUGAAGCUCCUCCUUGACCAAGGUGUCAAUCCUUCAGUUCAAACAGCCUACGGAUGGUCCAGUCUACACUGGGCUGCUGGAAAUGGCAUGCUGGAGUGUGUUCGACUGUUGCUGGAUGCUGGUGCUGAAGUGAAUCCCUUGAGCGACACGCAGAAGUCGCCAUUGGACAUGGCAAUUGAUGGGAAACAGACAGAGAUUGGGGAUAUUCUCCGACACAGAGGCGCCAAGACUAGUGCUGAGCUUUAUUCGCAGUAUGGCGCGCCUCACUACUCGCCCUUCAGCCAGUGGCACUUUGGAGACGAAGAGAGUCAUAGUGAUUCCGGAGAUGAGGAGUAG